GCAAUCAUAGGGCCAACAAAUUCAAUGCAGGCAAGCUUCAUCAUUGAUCUCGGAAACAAAUCUCAAAUACCUAUCAUCUCCUUCUCCGCAACAAGUCCUGAUCUUACUUCCUUCCGAAGCCCAUACUUUUUCCAAGCAACUAUAAAUGACUCAUCUCAAGUCAAAGCCAUCAGCGCCAUUGUCCAAGCCUUCGGAUGGCGGGAAGUUGUGCCCAUAUAUGUAGAUAAUGACUUUGGGAAAGGGAUUAUACCAUACUUAUACGAAGCCUUGGAAAAGGUUGACGCUCGGAUUCCAUACAAGAGUGUUAUCACUCCUGGGGCCACCAAUGAGGAAAUUGAAAUAGAGCUAUAUAAGCUAAGGACAAUGCAAACUAGAGUCUUCAUUGUUCAUAUGGCUCCAGAUCUUGGAUCUCGAGUUUUUCACAGAGCAAAAGAGAUUGGAAUGAUGGGUGAAGGAUAUGUUUGGAUAAUAACUAAUGGGAUGACUAAUCUUUGGAGUUUGAUAGAUCUUUCUGAUAUGGAUUUCAUGCAAGGGGUAUUGGGUUUAAGGAAUUAUGUUCCAAGAUCAAAAGAGUUAAAAAGAUUUCAGAAACGAUGGAAAAGAAAAUUUCUGCAUGAUAAUCCAGGUAUGUUGAAUGCUGAAUUGGACAUUUUUGGAUUAUGGGCUUAUGAUGCUACAUUUGCACUUGCUAUGGCGGUAGAGGAGGUAUUUGGCACUACAAAUUUCCACUUCGAUGCAUCAAAUGCUUCUCAAAAUGGUCCCAAACUCAUUCAGGCUUUGUCAAGGACGAGACUUAAAGGUCUUAGUGGAGAUUUUGGCUUUAUUAAUGGGCAACUUAGAUCCUCUAUUUUCCAAAUUGUUAACUUUAAUGGAAACGGUGAAAAUAGGGUUGGGUUCUGGACACCAAACUAUGGAUUAGUUAAGAGCCUAAAUUUUACAAAUUUAACAAGGUAUUCCAUUUCUAAGACCAAUCUUGGAUCUAUCAUAUGGCCAGGGGAUCCCCAGUCCACUCCCAAAGGUUGGGAGAUCCCAAUGAGUGGUCAGAGGUUGAAGAUUGGAGUGCCAAUGAGGACGGGGUUUACUGAAUUCAUUAAGGUAACAUUUGAUCAAAGUACUAAUUCAACUAUUUUCAGCGGAUAUUGCAUAGAUGUCUUCAAUGAUGUAAUGAAAGGGAUGCCAUACCAUGUCCCCUUUGAUUUCUACCCCAUCAAAUUUGAAGAGGACGAAGAUUACAACAAACUAAUCGAUCUAGUUGUUUAUGGGAAUUAUGAUGCAGCGGUUGGAGAUAUUUCUAUUUUGGCAAACAGGUCAUUAUAUGUUGAAUUUACAUUACCGUUUAUUCAGGCCGGUGUAAUGAUCGUAGUGCCCGUAAGAGACAAUGAAACCAAGAAUGCAUGGGUGUUUCUGAAGCCUUUAUCAUUGGACCUCUGGAUCGCUAGCAUUUGCUUCUUUGUUUUCAUGGCAUUUGUUAUCUGGGUUCUUGAACACAGAAUCAAUGAAGAUUUUCGUGGACCACCGUUGUAUCAUGUUGGAACUAGCUUUUGGUUCUCCUUCUCAACAAUGGUUUUUACUCAGAGGGAAAGGGUGUUAAGCAAUCCAGCAAGGAUUGUGGUGGUGAUAUGGUGUAUUGUGGUAUUCAUAUUGACACAGAGCUACGCGGCAAGCUUAACUUCACUUUUGACGGUUGAGCAGUUGCAACUAACUGUGUCUGAUAUAAAUGAGAUGUUGAGGAAAGGAGAGAAUGUUGGGUGCCAGAAUGGCUCCUUCGUUCAAGAAAUUGUCCAGGACUACUUGAAAUUUGAUCCCUCCCAGAUGAAGAUAUAUAAUUCAAUUGAGGACCUCAAUCAACUUUUUACGAAAGGAAGCGCCAAUGGGGGUAUCUCAGUUGCAAUUGACGAAAUCCCUUACAUGCAGUUGUUUCUUGCACAACAUUGCAAGGAAAAAUACACAACCUUAACGGGACCAAAUUUUAAGACCGGUGGCUUUGGAUUUGUCUUUCCAAAAGGUUCUCCUUUAGUAGCAGAUGUUUCAACAUCAAUCCUUAAGGUCAUCGAGAGCAAUAGAAUGUGGAUGAUUGAUGAAAAAGUACAGAAACAAGGAAAUUGUGCAAGUGACUCAAGUUCAACAAAUGGUCUAAGUCUUAGAAGCUUUCGCGGUCUGUUCCUCAUUGCCGGGGUGACCGGAGUCUUAGCACUUAUCUACUCUGUAGCAAAAUUUCUGUAUGAGCAAAGGGAUGUCUUGUGUAAACGCGACAUAGGAAUUUCAAUGUGGAAAAGAAUCCUUCAAGUAUUACGAAACUUUGACCAGAGAGACUUGACCUCGCAUACGUUGAGGCAACGUGAAUUAAGAGAUGAAGAUUGCAUUGAAAUCGUUCAAAUUGGAGGCCCUUUAGAGAUCCUUGCUGAAGCUCCUGGUGAGGCCUCUGUCGAGGCUCCUAUUGAGGCCCCUAUAGAAGGUGUUGAUCAUGCUAACACAAACAACUCAUGAAAAAGCAGUGGACAAUGUUAUUUCUAUUUAGAGAUAUGGAUUUAAAGAAUCAACCAUAUUAAUGGUU